CCAAAGUUUGACAUCUAGAUACAAGGUGUGUGUGGACAGGAGGUGAGGGGACGAGUGUGUUUGCAGAAAGAGAUCGGGAUGAAGCGACACCAUGAUAAGUUAUCUAUCUCUUUGAUGAUCACUCUCUUCUGUUUGGGGAGCCUGCUGACCACUGCCUUCUGGACCAUUUCGGACAACAGCCAUCUUGUACCAAGUAGACCACCUUCACCCAAGAAAAUCCCCCCUUGGCCCUCUGACCUUUGCAAAGGAUGCAGGGCGCUCAUUGAAAAAGUAAGAGAACGCUACUCAAAAACUUGGAAGAAGCAAGAAGAUAAUUACAGAAACCUCAGCUCUCAACUGAGAAGUCAGUGCCAGGGAUUUGACAGGGCCAUCAUUACCCAGGCCAACACUCCAGUGGGAUCAAAUAUUGUGUACGCUGUGGAAAACAAGAAGACCCUCAAGGUGACUCCAGAGAUUUUCAGCACCUUCAUAAAGGAGAAUCCAUUUCCAAAGAAAAAAUGGGACACGUGUGCUGUUGUUGGGAACUCAGGGAUUCUGACAAACAGCAGCUGUGGAGAGAUGAUCGAUUCGGCUCAGUUUGUUAUCAGAUGCAACCUACCUUCUUUGGGAAAAGGCUAUGAGAAACAUGUGGGCACCAAGACUGACCUUGUGACAGCCAACCCAAGCAUUUUGACGAAGGAGUAUGGAGAUCUAAUGGGGCCACGCCGUCCAUUUGUGGAGAGUCUACAUAGCUACGGCAAAUCCAUUAUGGUUCUUUCCCCCUUCACCAAUGCACGCACCACUCCGGUGUGCCUGAGGGCAGUAUACAGCAUUAGGGACUUUGAAAGUCCCAUUCAGCCCAUGUUCUUCAACCCUGAUUACUUCCAGAGUCUGGCCCUCUUCUGGAGCUCCAGAGGCCUAACCAGAGGCCGACUCAGCACCGGCUUAGUGAUGGUUAACAUAGCGCUGGAACACUGUGCCAACGUGCAUCUGUACGGUUUCUGGCCCUUCAGUAAUCAUCCAUUUGAACUCAAUGCCGUGAAAAACCACUAUUACGAUGAUAAAAAAGGUAAAUGGACUGUCCACUCCAUGCCUGCUGAGUUUGACCUGUUGUUGCAGCUGCACAGUCAAGGUGUGCUCAGGCUUCACCUGGGGAACUGUCGACCGGGUAGAAAUUAGUUCCCAGGUCCAGAGACAGAUGAGACUGGGCAUCUGAAGAAUCGGGACAUUUCCUGGUGGACUGAGGGUUGAUCUCAGAAUUUGUCUCUAAACUAUGCCUUUUCAAUCCAAUCCACUCACUCUCCCCCCAUAUCAGUUCCUAGACCCUCUGAACAGAGGGCUAUACCAGAAGGUGCAAUAGGAUAUAUUGUCACUUACACCAAUUAAUACAUUUGAUAAAUAAUUAGGAUCUCAACUUUGAUAAAUAGUCAUUAGUAUUGUCAUUUUGGCCAUAAUAAUAGUCAUAAUCAUCUUUUACUUUUUCCAGCAAAAUUGCAAGGAAAUGGUUAUUCAAAAUAUAACUUUGAGUCAUGGAAAGGUUCCGAUAUUUGAAAAGAUGUGUGUUUACUGACACAUUGUGAGAUGUAAAGGAAUUUCAGUUAGAUACAAAUACAUAAAUAUGUAAUAUUCACUCUGAAAUGUUGUGAUGGAAUAGUAUAAAGUUGCAUGAAAUGGAAAUACUCAAGUUCAUUGUUACGGCUGCUGCCUUUCCGGUUGUCUUCUGUCUUAUAUGUAAAUGAGCUGUGCGGGUGCCCUGACGUCAUUGGCUGCCAUCUCCUGGUCCGCCUCCCAAAGAUUGUGAUUGGAGCCCGCCGGCCCGACGCACUCCAAAUGCAGCACACAGCUGGCGCACACCUGCUGGAGAUGACUACAAAGCCAGUGGACUGUGAUCACUCUGGAGGCUCUGUGUGAGCGGAUGCCUCUCGAUAAUUGCUCUAGUUUGCGUGUGUAAAUCGGUUUAACAGUGGUUAACUUGUGUGGUCUUCGAUUAGAUUAGUACUGUGUGAGUAUUGUGUGACUGUUGUACUUAACUUCAGCUGUGUUUCAUUUCAGCUUCCUUAUUUUAGUCUGUACCACUUUGACAGUGAGGGUUUUAGUUACUAUUUAGUUUAUUAUCUAUUUCUUUGUAUGCAAACAGGCUCCUUUUGUUUGUUCCGUAGUUAAGUCGGCGCCCUUUUGGUCCUUUUGUUUGUUCAGGCUGUGUGCCUUCCAUUUUGUUUCACCUUGCUAUAUA